AUGCUAGAGGCCCCCGCACCGGAACCCAUGGGCCAGUCAGAGGAACAGGACCCCACCCUGGGGAGACCGUCCCUAAGGGCAUUGUGCACCGGUGCUCCGGUAGCCCGAAGGGACGGGCCACACCCGGGUCUGCACACCGUGGGGUUUGAAACCCCCACGACCGGCUCCCCGGGGGAACUCGGGGACACCAGUAGGGAUUUAUCCUUGCUGGUGCGGGCAUGCCCGCUCGGUCGAGCCGCUGGGGGAGCAUGGGAUGUAUCCAAAAUGGCUGAGUUCCUGAAAAGAAAGAGAGAGGUAGGGUCGGGAAAAUGUAGCUCCUCUGAGGGAGGGAACAAGAAGUACUUGUUCUUAGAACGAGUUCGUAAAGAGGUGGAAGAAUUGAGGAUCACUCCAAAGAGGAAAGAGGUGAAAGGUCUCAACUUUCAUGCGGACCUCCCUUAUUCGGAGGAAGUAUGGGAUUCCUGGGAGGAAUAUAUAGAUGCACAGGCAGAGGAGCUGGAGCGGAAUCGAGGCAUACCGAAAGGGAAGAAAUUUCUCCUUCUAGACCUUCUCACCAGCGCGAAGGACGUAAGGAGACUGGUGAAUUGCGGCAGAGAGGUGCAUAGGAGGUGCGCGUGGAACAUAGCCAGGUCCAAGGAAGCGCUGGAAGAAUUGAAGCAGGCAAGAGAGAAAGAAAGGGUAACAGAAGAAAAGAUUAAGGAGAGACAGAAGGUCCUAGAAGGAAAUGAAGAGAAGAUUAAAGAACUGGAAAGGUUGGGAGGGGAAAUAGAAGAAAUGGAGAAGAAAAUGAUGGAAAUGAAAGAAGAAAUGGAGACGGAAAUGAAAGAAAUGGAAGAAAACCUUGAGGUGGAGAGGAGAACCAGGGAAAAUGAAGAGGAGAAAGUGGAAGUGCUGGAAGUGCAAGAAAUAGGGAAAAAAAAGGAGACAUUGGAAAUAUGGAGAGAUGUAAUAACAGAGGGGAAAAAGGAAAAUAUUGAACAAAAACAAAGGAUAAAACAUUUGGAAGGAAAGAUAAAAGAAUUACAAGAGUUGCAAGAAAUAAUGAAUAAUGAAGAGAAGGAAAACGAUAACAGAAUGGAAGUAGAAAAGAACACAACCUCCACACAAGUGGAAGUAUGUGGGGAGGAGAAAGCGGUACAGGUGGAGGUAUCGAGAAAGGAAGAAUCAGUACAGACGGAAGAGGAAAACAUUACCAGGAGAGGAAAGGAUGCAGGAAAGGAAAGGGAAGAAGAAGUUCAAAAUAUGGAAUAG